AUGAGCUCCGGACCUCGGACACCUCGGAUACCUUUCAGCAUCGCAGACAUCCUAGGCCCGCGCAUGGCCCCCCGAGGGCCCUCCGCCUUGCAGCUUACAGAGUCGGUCCCCGGACCCACUUCGCCGCUGUGCGCGCUGGAGGAGAUGGCUAGCAAAACUUUUCGCGGGCUUGACCUGCACGCUCCAACGCCCUCUGAAGGAGGUGCCGCUCCUGGCGUGCUGGGCCCUGGCCGUGCCAGUCGCCGACGACGGAAGUCACGCACGGCGUUCACAGCGCAGCAGGUGCUGGAGCUGGAGCGGCGCUUCGUUUUCCAGAAGUACCUGGCGCCGUCAGAACGCGACGGGCUGGCAGCAAAACUCGGCUUGGCCAACGCGCAGGUCGUCACGUGGUUCCAGAACCGGCGCGCCAAGCUCAAGCGAGAAGUGGAGGAGAUGCGCGCGGACUUGGCCUCCCUGCACACAGUGUCCCCGGAAGUCCAGUGCCACCUCGCCAGGGCGGCAGACGGCGCCCCGGGCCCCCGCCCAAGCCCCAGCCUCGGCCCUACCGGGUCUGACUCCGGGCUCCACCUGUCAGACGAGGAGAUACAGGUGGACGACUGA